AUGGGCAGUUACCUGAGCCGGCCUCCUCCUCCACCCCUGUCCCCAGCUCUGAAGGUCAGGGACCCGUCUCAGAGUCCUAACCCUCUCCGGCCCGCGCACCUUGCCCGCGGUGAUCGCGCGGCCUGCCGGGUGCACUCUGCUGAUGCUACCCUCGGACUGUCUCGCAGGCUGUCAUACGAGGAUCGUGUGGCUUUACCGUGUUUUCGUCGUCGCCGCCAUCGCCGUCGGUUUGUCAUAGUAUAUUGGAAACGAUAUCCGAAUAGGCUGUCCCAGUGUUCAUUUUUGGGGAUCAUACCCUCGGCGCCCCAGAGGGGCCAUCAGAAGAAGCUGGCGCUGUCUGUGUGCAGCUCCAAGAUGUUCUGCACUUCAGUGAUCCUGAAGUUGGCACCUAGUGAAGAUAAAUUGACACUGCGCUUGGCACUGAAGCAGACAGUUGUCUGUAUGUGGUCUUCACUGUCUAGUCACUUCCCAAGCCCUUAUGUCAAAGAGAUCCUGUUGAGGGCCUUUGGAGAGAGCAGUGAAGUGAGAGCCCAGGAAGAGGAAGACCAGAAGGCCCUUGGAGAGAUUGGGAAAUGGCCAGUGAAGCAGGAAGAAAAUGACAUCAUCACUGAGAGGCGAGGCAGUCAGAGAAGGGGGUUGGAUGAUGGUGAGGGUGUACAGUCCGCAUUCAGGCCUGUGAUUAUCAAUGGAAUCUUCCCUUCCUUCAUCCCCAAACCCGGGCCUCUGAAAAGAGACCUCCUUUCCAGCAGCUCAGAAUAUGGUCUGAUUAAGACAACGCAGGCCUCUUUUAUGAGCUCAUGCAGGAAACGUAAUGCUAUUACCAGCUCAUAUAGCUCCACUCGAGCUUUCCCACUGCUGCAGAGGAGAAGUGGACCAAGUAAGGCCAGACUCUCUGGUCCAGCCAUAUUCCAUUCCCAGGUGCCUGCAGAGAAAGUGAGUGAGGAAGGUCAUCAGUCUAACUCUUUAGCCUCAUUGGUACCAGAGAAGAAGAUCCCAGGUGAAAACAUUUUAGAUGCUACCUCAGGGCAGAAACAACACUUGGGGAAUUGCUCAUCUAUGCCACACAGCUCCAGGUCUCAGAAGCGCAAGGUUCCUCUGCUGCUCUCUAACAGGCGAGGAGAACCGCUGAUCAUGCCCCCAGCUCCGCAGAUAGGUUAUCAAGUCACUAUUGAGGACUUUGACUUGGAGAAGAAAGCUGCAAUCCAGUGGAUCAAUGAGAUCUUGAAGGGUAAGCCUGCAGGGCCACACAGCCUUCCUGAUCUUCCACCCUGCCUGGUCCUGGGACUGCUUCUGCACCACCACCUCCUCUAG